UUAAAUUCUAAAGUAGUAUAUUUUAGGGAAAACUAUCAAAUAAGCCCCCCUAUUUUUUUAAAAAAUCAAUUAAACCCCCAACCCAACUAUCAACCAAUUAAACCCUUAGUACUCCAACAAAAAAUGCAAUUCAGCUUUUUCACCGGUAAAGGAAGGGUGAUUUCCGGUAUUGCUGACAUGGCACUCAUUUAUCCUCCUUUUUUAUACAAAAAAAAUAUAUUACUCCGUAUGUCAUACGUAUAUGUUACUCCGUCUGAAAUAUCAGCAACACUCCAACAGUCCCCCUUCGUCCUCCAUGGCCAGCAAAGGUGGCAAACAAGGAAGAACAAGAAAAGAGGAGGCCUUCGAUGGGGGGGGGGGCAUGACGGAAGGCAUUAUUCAAAACAUAUCAUCUCCGCCGUUGAUUAUGGUGUGUUCCAUGGCCGUCAUUUGUACCCGGACCCUCAUACCUCCAUUAAUGGAGUCACCAUCUCACCAAGGUGCCUCAUACCCCCAAUCUGGAUUUUGAACCCGACCCAUGCCACUUUGGUUCCUCCUCCAUGGUCGUUUUUUGUACCUUACCUCCAUUAAUGAAAUUAUCACCCCCACAAGCUACCUCAUACGAGACUGAAGGACCCGACCCGCUUUGGUUCACCGACCAGAAAAUCGCCGCCGGAAACGAAGGCCCAAGCAGAUCUGAAACAAACGAAAGCCCAAGCAGAUCUGAAACGAUGACGUCUAUCACACCUAUGACCUAUCAAAUGGUGGCUGAUUCUCAUUUUAUUUACUACUGUGAAGAAAUUUUACUCAAAUGGAGAAGAAAAGGGGAAAUAUCAAAGGGGAAGUCUGGAACGAUUGAAACAAAAAGGGAAAAGAGUGAACUUUACCUGAAACCGGGAGGAAACCGGCUAGAAAGCUGAUUUGCAAAUUUUAUAGGAGUAUGAGGGCUUAAUUGAUUUAUAGUUAAGUUGGGGG